AUGGACGCAGUGGAAAAAGCGAAUGCCGAUAGGCAGCGGCAAUGGGCCAAGGACCAGAAGAUUGGUGAAGGUGCCUAUGCCGUAGUGUACAGAGGGAGAGAAGUUGCAACCGGCCGGAAGGUUGCUAUCAAGAAGAUUAAGGUCGGCCAAUUCAAAGAUGGUCUCGACAUGUCGGCCGUUCGCGAGGUCAAGUUCCUGCGCGAGCUCAAGCACCAAAACGUCAUCGAGCUACUGGACGUGUUCUCGUCUAAAAAGAAUUUGAACCUUGUUCUUGAGUUCCUUGAAACCGACCUGGAACUUGUUAUCAAGGACCGCUCGCUUGUCUUUCUGCCCGCUGAUAUCAAAAGUUGGAUGGCGAUGACUUUCCGCGGCCUCGAGUUCUGUCAUCGCAACUUCAUUCUCCAUCGGGAUCUUAAGUCCAACAAUUUGCUCAUCGCGGCCGACGGUCACCUCAAAAUAGCCGAUUUCGGUCUCGCCCGCGACUUCGCGGACCCAGGUUACAAGAUGACAUGUCAGGUCAUCACUCGGUGGUACCGUCCGCCAGAACUGUUGUGGGGUUGCAGAUACUACAGCAGCGCCGUCGACAUCUGGUCCGUGGGCUGCAUCUUUGCUGAGUUAAUGCUCCGGACGCCAUAUCUGCCCGGCGAAACCGACAUGGACCAACUGAAGACUAUCUUCCGUGCACUAGGGACUCCGUCAGAAGACGACUGGCCGGGACACUCGAAGCUACCUGAUUACGUACCAGUCGGGCAGUUCCCCAAGACACCGCUUCGCGAUCUCUUCACCGCCGCGAGCUCCGAUUGCCUCAACCUGCUCAGCAAAUGUCUCGUGUAUGACCCACGGAGGCGUAUCUCCGCCCGCGCUGCUCUCGACCACCCCUACUUCAGCGCCCUUCCGUACCCCUCUCACCCUUCCAAGCUACCCAAGCCCGUCAAGAAAGAAGCCGCCGUUUCACUCGAGGAGCUCGACGGCAACGCCGACGGCGGCGGCCUCGACGUACGCGCCGGGAACCCCAACAAGCUCAAACGCAAACACUCCAGCGACGACCUCUCGCGCCCCGUCGCGCGCCGCCUUGACUUCUCAUAG